AAAAACUCAACAAUAAAUGGAACUGCUGUCAAUCUUUAAAAUAAAUAAUUUAUCAUUAACAAAAAAAAUAAAUUAUUUUUAAUGACAAGUGACAGAUAAUUACAACUGAGUAUUUAAGUACAAGUACCCGAAGAAAUUGACAUCAAUAUGAAUGGACAGACGUGGAAUGUCAAAGACAUGUCAUCUAAGCUUCUGCUGUCACCGUCAUCGUCUUCCUCGUCAUCGUCAUCUUCUAGAAGGGCACGAACUCUCAGUGGCGGUAAUCCUAGUGUGCAUAUAAAUAUUAAUAAUGUUAAUAAUUAUGUCAGUAUAAAUAACAGCAGCAGCAGCAGUAAUGCCGAUAAAAAAAGAAAUUCGAGAAAGCCGAUACCAAGGCCACAUGAAACUGAAGAAGAAGCGAUUUUGAGGAGAUUCCACGAUGCUCAGAGGAUGGCGCGUUUUCGUGCUAAAAAAAAAAAAGCCAUGGAAGAAGCCAAAGCACUGGAGGCUGCUAAAUUAACAGAACUUGCUAUGAUUUCUGAAUUAAAACGACGUAAUGUUGUCUUUCAAAUAAAACCUAGCAGUAAUAAUAAUAGUAAUACCAAUAAUAAUAAUAAUAAUAAUAAUAAUACUAUUAAUAAUAAUAAUAAUAAUAAUUACAGUAGUAGUAAUAGUAGUAAUAAAAGUAUUAGUGUUAAUAAGAGUAGCAAAGGAUCAACGUUGAUGAUAAAACCCGAUCAGAGAGAAACUUUGAUGACAGUCCAAAAUGAUGGAACGAGUAAAUAUUCCCAGUUGCUAGAAGUGAUAGAAGAACUUGGCAGAGACAUCAGACUGACUUACGCUGGCAGUAGGACCUCAGCUGAGAGACUGAAGAUGGGAAUAAUUCAAGCGCGAAUGCUAGUCAGAGAUUGUUUGCUGGAAACAGAGAUUAAUUUACGGCAAUAA